ACAGAUUGACUACCAUUAUCAUCAUCACCGCCAGAGCUGCCGACGAGAGAGUUGUCUGCUGGCGGAGGCGUUGCCAGUAGGUAGUGCCGUACGCGCUUUCCUCGAUUCCGGACCGUGCCCGACUGGCCUGACCUCAGCGCGACGAAGUCUGCAAGAUGCUACGCUGGCGCGGCUCCACUACAUCGACUGCGGCCGGAGCGCCGCAGGAGGCACCGCGGGAGGGCCAGAGUCCCACGCGUGUGUCCCAGAAACGAAAGCAGGGAAGCACACUGUCCGUGCUUCUGCUGCUGCUGGUGUUGCUAGCCAUUGGUGUGCUGGUGGUGGCACCAGCCGUCUUCUACGCAUCGCCCUGGAUUCGACGCCACACGGUCUUUCUCACCUUCGUCAACCUGCCGCCCUUCCCUCGUCUGAGCGACCCGCGAUCGUACGACCUCAGGUGUGCGCAUAACUUCUACAUAGACUCCGAGGAGGCGGGUCUGCGCCUCGGAGCCUGGCACAUUCCACCGGCUUCCUCCGUGGAUAGGCUCGGCUGCCAGCAGCUAGACCAAGACUGGUUCGCACAUGACAAGCGGCCCGCAGUGCUGUACCUGCAUGGAAAUGGUGGCUCCCGUGCCGGUGGGCACCGUGUUAGCCUCUACAAGGUGCUGACUGGUUCUCUGGACGUGCAUGUGCUGGCGCUCGACUAUCGGGGCUACGGCGAUUCCAGCUCAGGCCCCGCGGGACCAUCGGCAGAGGGGCUGGCACAAGACGCCCGCACUGCACUGCGCUGGCUCCAGGCGCGCACAACAGGCCGGCCAUUGAUCGUGUGGAGCCACUCGCUGGGCACUGGCGUCGCCGUACGCCUUCUGGAAGACCUGCAGCACCGCAAAGAGGCACUACCAGCAGGUGUUGUGCUCGAAGCCCCGUUCGAUGCCCUGCACCGUGUCGCCGCCACGCAUCCGCUAUCACUGCCCUACCGCUGGCUGCCCUACUUUGAGCUCGCCUUCGUCGCGAGCCUCAAAAACGACCCCGUCGUUGAGUUCAACAGUGCCACCCGCGCCCGCUCCGUCUCGCCCAAGCUGCCCGUGCUGGUGCUGCACGCGCGAGACGACGCGACGGUGCCGUUCGCAUUGGGCGAGACACUGCACAAGGCCUUCCGCGAGGCACGCCAGGGCAACCCGAGCGCGGGGCCGCUGCUACUGCAGGCCUACGACGGCCGGUUAGGGUACGGCCACAAGCAUUUAUACCGCGACCCAGAGCUGACUGCCAUAGUGGCCAAGUUCUUUGCCCUCAACCGCACCGAUGUACGGCCUUAGGGUGCCGACCUGCCGGCAGUAGCAUUCCGUGAUGCGUUGAUGCCACGGGCAUUUUGGAGACGCCGGGGCAAGGGCCAAUUCGGGACCAACGUGCUUUCACUGACUCAUCUUGGUAAUGCGUGGCAGGAGCAAAGCAUCCAGUAUUCCGGGCUUCUCAGUGUCACGAGCUUGCAUGGUUGCCACGUCUGCGCCCACGAGCAGUUUCAUGAAUUGCAAAGCUGCGGCGUCUUGUCGGUAUGUGCAGAAGCAGAUUGCUUUAUUUUACUAGGACCAUUCAUAUCAGCUCCAGCGUGGUGAGUCUAGAGCAGGGUUUUCUUCGCGGAGUGUUUACAAUUGCAGGUGCGAUGCGUGCUGAGGUGAGUACCCAAGUCCAAAGAGAGAGAGAAAGAAAUGAUACAAGUCUGGGCCUACUGUUCACAACUUGUAUGUAAAGUGGUACUGGGCUGAAGCUGAUGUCAUGUGCAAACUCCUGAAUGACAUACGCAUUGCAGUCCCAAGUCCAAGAAGACGGAGAAAAUGUUUUGGCAUAACUUAAAAGGUCUGCCGUUCUCAUCUUACAUGUAGACUGUCCGGAGGCUUGAAGCCAAUGCAACAGUGUUUGACUGCAAGUUUGACAUGCGGAGAUCAGCUGUUCUAUGUUUGUUGUACUAGAUGUAUCAUUGUUGUACCAGUGCCUUUGUGGUCCCGUUCACUUUUUGCAGCUUUCUCUCCUCAUGCAAUCUGCGUAUCGUGCACCAGACAGUCUCUGCGCAGCUGUGUUGGAUGUAGCAGCAGGCUGGCGUCGCUUUUACUGUGGUUGUUUUUUGUUCAUGAAACUGAAGAGAGCUUGUUUGGGCUGUGUUUGUUGGCAGCCCUGUGCAGCUGUGGUUGUGUGAGGAGGAUGGGUUACUCGGACCACUAGUCUUUUGCGAGAAUGUCACGGUGUUGUGGUUUUGCAUAACUCUGCCACUGGUGGCAGUGUUAAACAGAAUAUAGACUAGCUCACGGAAAUCUUCGGGUGUGUUGAUAUUCAUAUGGGCGGCUCACACGUAUGUUAAGCUAACAGGCAAAGAAAGAGAUUAUUUUGAAGUCCAUAGAUGGGCUUUAGGUGAGUAGCUUGAAUCUUGGGUUAGCACCCAAAUCCUUUGUACGUUUAGCUCUCUACAGUGGUUAGCAACCAUUAGUUGCGACUGGUCUGUGCACCGUUUUACAUUGACUUAUGUGAGUCUUGGCAGAUUACUGGCAGAAUACAUUGCAUCUGCAAUGUGGUCCACAUUACAGGAAACAUGUAGUUAACAUUGUGGUACCGAUUACCACCGAGAUACGGCGUAAAAGCCCACAGACUAUUUUCUUGUGUUUAAAUGUAUGUUCAGUCAAUUAUAUCAUCUGCUUCUUUCAAAUGAAGGUGAAGAAAGGUUCUAGUUAUGUUGGCUUUAUUAAUGGAUAAAAGUGUCCACUUUAACGGUGGACCAUACUGUAGAGGCUCUCAGAUUUUUAAAGUUGUGCGAGUGUUGACCAUGUGGCAUGUCAGCGCGUUUUAACGGCGAGAAAUGAUGAGGUCGGCCAUAGUACACAAGGGAAAAUUGUCAUCCACCUGAACGGAGCAUGAAGUUACAAAGGAAAGCCAUAUGUGUUUCUCAGAAGGAAAGCUUCACAGUUGAGGAAAAAUUUGUCCUGGCCCAGACUCGAACCCGGAACCAAUGCCUUUCCGGGGUGACCGCUCUACCAUCUGAGCUAACCUUUCCGAGAAAACUGUAUGGAUUUCCUUUUUACAUUCGGGUGGAUAACGAUUUUCUUUUUAAUGACACUUCCUCCACCUUGCGAGAUUCCGCAGAACUAAUUUGCCAAAUUUAGGUAUUUGUUUCACGAAUUGAAGUCAGUACAUGGUGCUGUUAUCAGAACGCAAUAGCACCGUAUUGUGUGCUAAUAGGAUCAGGCAUAGUCUCAUCUGAACUGCACCGAAGAUUUCGGAAAAUUAUAGGGUACAAAUAUUUCUGCUUACUUUUUAAUUACCUCGCAGAGCUCAGCUCUCGCUGUGAUGUAGGCCCUAUGAUAAAUGGUAGAGUGCUAACUGCAUGGGUGUUGUGUCAACUUGGUGAUAUAUUGAAACUCGAGUGGUGGUAGCUGUAGGCGUUAAUCAAAUUAUUUGAGGAGUGCCUUAUAGGAGAGUGUGCCAAGCAUAAUGCCUGUUUACUCUGUGAGUGAAAUGAAUAUGUUUACACUUUCUAUAUGUAAUAAAAACAACAUAUUUUUGCAAUGUGCUGGUAAAAGUUAAUAAAAAAAAAACAC